CUCCUCUCCCUCUCUCUCUCAAGCUCAAGCUACUCUACACGCUCUCCCCUCCACCACCACCACCCACCACACCACCCCCUACCCGCAACAAUGGCCCCCAAGUCUGGCGUCGCCGAGAAGAAGCCUGCCUCCACCGCUGGCAAGGCCCCCGCCUCCAAGGCCCCGGCUGGCAAGGCCCCGGCCAAGAAGGCCGUCAAGAAGGCGCCCGCCACCGGUGACGACAAGAAGCGCAAGCGCAAGACCCGCAAGGAGACCUACUCGUCGUACAUCUACAAGGUCCUCAAGCAGGUCCACCCGGACACGGGUAUCUCGAACAAGGCGAUGCUCAUCCUCAACUCGUUCGUCAACGACAUCUUCGAGCGCAUCGCGUCCGAGGCGUCCAAGCUCGCGUCGUACAACAAGAAGAGCACCAUCUCGUCGCGCGAGAUCCAGACCUCGGUCCGCCUCAUCCUCCCCGGCGAGCUCUCGAAGCACGCCAUCUCGGAGGGCACCAAGGCCGUCACCAAGUUCUCGGCCCAGAAGGCGUAGAGGAGCCCCUCCCCUCUUCCCCUCUUGCUCGUCGUCGCCCCCCUCGUCGUCUUUCGAUUUUCCCACCCCCUCCCCACGUGUUGUUACUUCAGUCCUUUCGCUGCAACCUUGCGCGCUUUACUUCUUUC